GCCCCUCGGCGCUAUCACAUGAAUCUGGACUCGCAGUUGAUGAGCGCAUGAAAAAAGUUUGUUGAGGUUUCGCUGUAGUCACUUUUCUUACCAGUCCCUUAUGAUUGCGCGUGUAGCUGUUGCUCGGUUGAACGUGGAGGCUGCUGUGGGCCGCGGGCUGCGGAGUGAGCGCCCGUGAUUUUCCAAGUUUUUUCAGCGGUGGGACAGACAGACAGAGAGGGGGGAAACGUUCUGUCUGCUUGAAGAUUUGUCUGGACUCCCAAAAGUUUUGGCAACAUGGACGGGCACUACGGCGCGCCUCCAGCUGGGCAGCAGGUCGUGCAUGUCCGUGGUGACUCGCAGACGGAGCUGGAGGCCCUGUUCAACGCCGUGAUGAACCCCAGCAAAGCGCAGCGGCAGCCGACCUCAGUGCCCAUGAAGGACCGGAAACUCCCCAAAUCUUUUUUCACACAACCCGAGCCGCGAGGCCACUCCAGACAAGCCAGUUCAGAUGGAGGUGUGUCCAACACGCUCCCUCCACGUCACGUCCGCGCCCACUCCUCCCCUGCCAUCCUGCCCCCGCAGGCGGAUGUAACAACUGCCCCGAUCAUCCCCGAUGACAUCCCCCUGCCCCACGGAUGGGAGAUGGCCAAAACUCCCACCGGACAGCGAUAUUUCCUCAAUCACGUGGAUAAGACUACUACCUGGCACGACCCUCGUUUGGCGCAGCAUCAGACAGCUGCACCUCAGCACCCCCUAUCUGCCGCCGUGCCCCCAUCCCACUCACACUCACUCAGCAACCCCGCUCCCUCUGUGCAACCUCAAAACAUCAACCCAGAGACAGGUCCUCUGCCUGAAGGCUGGGAGCAGGCUGUGACUGGAGAUGGAGAGGUGUACUACAUCGAUCACAUAAAUAAGAUCACCACAUGGGUCGACCCGCGUCUAGCCAAGAUGAACCCUGGGCUCCUUAGCCUGGCAAUACAGCAAAGGCAGGAAAACGAGAGGCUCCGGUGUAAACAGCAAGUCACCACACAGGAUGCAGCAGUAAGGAAUAGAAUGCCCGGUGGAAUGGACCAUGACAGAAACACACAGACUCUUGUACCUCCUCUGGACGUCCGGAUCAGAGCUUCAAACCAUGAGCCAACACUGAACGGGGCUCACUCUCGAAAUGAAAGCACAGACAGUGGCCUCAGCGUCAGUAGCCUCCCGCGCACUACAGAGCACAUGCUCAGCCCAGUGGACCACAUGGACACCGGUGAUUCUGGUGAGAGCUCUUCACUGACUCUACAGGAGUCUAUGCCACCUGUGCUGCCGAUGUCCGAGGGCGAUGAGCUGAUGGGUCUGAGCUCAGACCUGUUGAUGGACAUGGAGACGGUCCUCUCUGGAUCACACAUGGACAGGGACAGCCUGCUUACUUGGCUAUAGGCACCACACGCCUCACCAGCCCUCCACAUGGUUUGAGAUUAUAUUUUUGCAACAUGACUGAGAUAUUGGAAGAUAUGAUGGUACAGAGCAACAUUGCAUGGAAAGAACUCUGAUGGAUAUGUAAGCAGUGUCAGACUAAAUGGACAAUGGGACUAUUACAGAAGGUG